AUGAUGCUGGUCGGCUCCUCCGUGGUGUCGCCUAUAAUGGAGCGGUGCGGCCGCAAGGUGGCGCACUAUGCCCUCACGCUGCCAACUAUAUUCAUCGGUAGAGUGCUGGGUGGGCUGUCGUUCGGCAUGCUGAGUCCCCUACGCUCCAUCCUCAUCGGAGAGUUCACCAGCCCCAAGAACAGAGGCGCCUUCCUUACCACGGUGGCUCUCACGCAAGCCUUCGGUAUAUUCUUUGUCCACCUCAUCGGAUCGCUCAUGUCCUGGCGGAUGACUGCCGUAGUCUGCGUAACCUUCUCCAUAAUCAGCCUCGUCAUGAUCUUCUACUCACCUGAAUCCCCUAGCUGGCUAGCUGCCCAAGGAAGAUACGACGAGUGCAGACAAGUAUUCAAAUGGUUGAGGGGCGACGGAGAAGAUGAGGAAUUGGAAUCCAUGAUCCAAGCCAGAAUUCUAAUAAGGAAAGCCAAACCACCGGAGACUAAGAGAACCAAUCGUUUCCGAGACAUGUUGAAGACUUUAAGAAAGCGAGAGUUCUACAAGCCGAUCACGCUUAUGCAGGAAGGCUGGUUGACGUACCACGCAAUAUGGAUACCUGUGAUUUUGAUCAAUCUGCAAUACUUUUCUGUGGCAACUGGCAUGGUUCCUUUGCCGAACGUCAUAGCUGGUGAGGUGUUCCCUCUGGAAUACAAGAGUAUAGGAGGAAUGAUCAGUAUUUGGUCAGCGGCAGGGUUUAUGUUCCUCUGUCUGAAGACGUUGCCAGGUUUGAUAGAGAGUAUCGGUCUGCACGGCACGUAUGUUAUGUACGCCGCGAUUUUAUUCUACAAUCUAGUUGUGAUAUGGUUCUUAUUGCCGGAGACGAAAGGCAGAACUUUGCAGGAGAUAGAGGAUGAGUUUAGAGGGCGACCUCUGGCAGCCGAGGAGAUGGCUGCCAGGAUGUCUAUAGAAAUGGACCCGAUAGUCGCAUUCAAGAGGAGAGAGUCGGAGAGAAGAUGUAGUGUCCCAUUGCUGAGUUAA